GUGGUGACUGCUGCCAUUGAGUCUGUGAGCUUUGAGGAGGAACAACUUCCUAAAGAGAGAGAAACUAUGACCUGGAAACCCACAAAAGGUAAGCUCAAAACGUUAGAAAACAAAAGCAGAUAAUGUUUGCUGAAGAAUAUUGCAAAUGUUCUUGAUAGUGAGUCUGAAGAAAGUGAUUUUUCUGAUACCUCUCACAAUGAAAAUGAUGUCAGUGGCUCUGCUGGUGACUGUGUUCAUACACAUUCUGACCUGGAAGACCUGUCCAUUGAAGUCUCCAGUACGCCUGAAGCUGUAGCUUUUCCAGAGCUGCAAACUGCUGCUGUGUACGAGGUGGAGGACUGGGAUAAAGAAUUGGAGGACUCUGAAUGUAAUCCUUAUGAUGCUGGUGAUUUCUACUGUGGAAGCUUUCAGGAAAAUAAUCUUUUGGCCUCAUACCCGUGGCGAGAGGACUCGUUUUACGACCCAGGCUGUCACCAUGCAGCUUGCCUUGCGUUUUCACCACCGGUUAGAAUGACUGAGGCUGGCCAGUUUGAUGAUGCUGAUGAAUGA